AUGAAAGAUCUGUUUGAAUCUCUCAUUGACCCUUGCUGUUGCCGAUUCAGGACGCUCUUGUCUGCUCCUCUAUUCGGUGUCCACAGAUACAGCGGCUCUUUCUCCCCUCAAGGACCAGCGAUCUGGACAUUGUUCCUGCGUUGGUCCGCUUGGGCGGCCCCCCUUUCGUGCAGCGCCCUCGAAGGGUUUGUGAAAGGUGCAGGUGGGCUCCAUACGCUAUCCCUCGCAGGUUGUUCCCGCUUGCUUACCCGGGACCUCCGUUUUCAAAAAGCGACGGCUUUCUUACGAGCACUUGACCUCGGCAACUGCACGGCUUUGGACAAGUCUCUGUUCGACUUCUUGCCUCCCAGUCUCCAAAGGCUGCUUCUGCGGAAUUGCUGGCGACUCUUCCAAGGGAGCCUGCAGACGCUCAUUCGAAAUUGUCCCCUUCUGGAAGAGUUGGACCUCUCCUUCGAUGGUCUAAUCGCCGCAGGUCUUGGACCCUUUGCAGCAGUGGCACUAGCAGACUUGAAGCAUUUGAGAGUGUUGGAUUUGAGCGAUCAGGGAAACGUAGGCAGUGUUGCUCUGGACAAGCUCCGUAGAGCAAACCCGAGCCUGCAGCUUGUAAAUAGGGCACCCACGAGCAUGCUCGUAAAGUCUCAUCAAAGCCGGGACGAAAGUGUUGUUGAAGCAGGUAGUCCGGGGAUAAAAAAAUCAGAACAGCUGACAACGGUGCAAUAAAGCUUCGCGAAUGCAAUGCUGUUGCAUUCGAAGAUCGCGGUAUCAAACGAGGUCAAAGCUAACCCGGCGGAGCAGGACGUUGAAAACACAAAAGCCCC